AUGAAGUUUCUUGUCGCCUGUCAGGACAACGGGGGGUUCAAGCAGAUCGAUUGUGUCGCCCGUACCGAUACCUCGCGCAAGGAUGCCCCGCAGCCUCGCCGCAUCACCCAAUUCUUCGGCGACGUCUCCAAGCGCAACCAUAUCCUCCAGUUCGCCGUGAUCCAAGAUACGUUCAUCGUCGCUUUACGCCGGCAACUGCUCUGUAUCUAUGAUCUUUUGAGCGACGAAUACGAGUUGCUUCGAGAGAUUCCUCUUCUACAAGCUCCCGUGUGCUUCCGCGACCUUGGCGAUGCCCUUGAGGCGGUGGUGGUGGUACUCAAACACCUGGCGCUUAUCGUGAGCCUUGACCCUGACCACGACCCGAUUGAGGUUAAACUUACCGAUAACGAGAUUUCGGACUUGGCGGUGAACCCGGAAACCCCCGGGGUGUGGGCGUAUGGGGGUAAGGACUUCGACAUCACCGUGGCCCAGUUAUGGGACUCCGACGACGAUUUUACCAAGAAACUUGACAAGAAACUGUUCUCGGUCGACGUCAAAUACACCGCCAAGAACUCGCCGCCCAACCACUUGGAUAUCAGCCCGAAAAUCUGGCCCCGCCGCAUACGGUUUUUGCCCGGCGACUUCAGGCUCGUCGUCGGCACCCACUACGGCGAGCUCCGAGUGUACGACUUCACAAAAGACCUCAAACCUUUGCACCACUGGAAGGUGUGCGACAAACCCAUUAUUACGCUUACCGUGGUUGACGAUGGCGACGCCGUGAUCAUCACCAACGCCCAGCUGCUUGUGGCGAAGUACCUGUUGACGAAGAUUGACCCCAGGGGAUGGAGAGAACACCUGGCACUGGCAGGGGACAUUUUCCAUCCGUUGUGCCGUCUCUUAGGCAAGUAUCUGGAAGGGGGUAACACCGGGGCUGUGUUUGGCGUGGCGGUGUUUGACGACGUGUUGGCCACGGGCGGGCUCGACCGGUACCUCCGCGUGUUCCGUGCCACCACCCGAAGCCUUCUUGCCAAGGUGUAUGUCGGUCUCGAAGUGCUGGACGUCAUUGUCCUCGACGGCGACGACAAAUUGCAAGAGAUCGAAGACGAGCGGUACGAGGAGAAGCAAAAGAGACAGCGGGAGAACGACGACGAGGCCGAACAGAUCUGGGAGGAGUUGGAGGAGGCGAGCAAAAAGCGACGCAAGUAG